AUGACAAGUACAGGAACAACUCCUUAUCAGCUAACAUUUGGCUAUGAUGUUGUAUUACCGAUGGAGUUAAAUGUGAAAUGGGCAAGGGUAGCUCUACAACACAAUCUGAUACCUACCCAUUACAACGAAGCUAUGCUUGCCAAGUUGGAAGAUUUGGAUGAGGUUCAGAAACUUACUUUAGACCACCUUAUGGUCCAUAAAGCAAAGGUAAUGAAGGCUUAUAAUAAAAGGGUGAAGUUCAAGUCAUUUGCAGAGGGUGAUAUGGUUUGGCAAACAAUUCUUCCACCUGGAAAAGUAGAUAGAACUUAUGGCAAGUGGCCACCUACAUGGAAGGGACCGUUUAUGGUUCACCAAGUUUUACAUAGAGGAGCUUACAAGUUGAAAGAUGUAGAUGGUGAAAUUCAUGAGAGACCUAUAAAUGGAAGGUACUUAAAUAAAUAUAAACCAACUAUUUUUGAACUUAUAGAGGAAAAGAAAACCUCUAUUAAGUAA